AAAAACCCUAAUUUAAGAAAUUUCGUUCAUUCCCUCUCAGCCUCUCCUGAAAAUUUUCAUCUCCCCGCCUCCUCCAUCCUUCGAUUCUCCGCCAAAACCUUUCCCCCCACCUCUUUUAGAAAGUUUCAAAUGGACUCAUCGUUAUUCUCUAGUAUUUUCUUCUCAUUUCACUUUCACUUUCAUUUUUCUCACUUUCUCUCCUCAUUCACCCCCUUUCACAGUCGGCCAAGAUCUCAUCCUCUCUUUAUUGUGAACUCUCUCCAUCUUCCAUCUCUAACACCAAUCUAUUUUAGAUUCAGCCACAUCUCUACCGUGCAUCAUCAAAAAUCUAAAAUCAAAGCCCAGAUCUCCUCUUUUUUUCUCUCUCCAUAUGGGUUUCGACUCCUCUUGCUGUUAGAAUCUGGUAAGUUGGUAUGGCCUUUCUCUCUCUCUUUUUUUUUUUCCUUUUCGACUCUUCCUAUGGAUUUUGAUUCUGUCUCUGGUCUUCUAUUUCUGCAAGUUACACAGCAUCAAACCAUCUGCUCUCUUCAUCAUCACUGUAAUCCUUCUUUCGUCUGCAAGGUAUCACUGCAGGGCCCAGAUCUGCAGAUCGGUGAGGGUGGUGGUGACGAUAAUGCUAUCACCAUUCCCCUCAUCUCCGAUUUCUCCUUUCAUAUUUUAUUUUUCAAGGAAGCGGUUCAAGAGGGCCGUCGACGUGAUUUUUGGAGAUGGAGUCCGGCAUCCGACUGCAACCAACUCGUCCGGCAUCCGCUGCAUGCAACCAACUCGUCCGGCAUCCGCUGCAACCAACUCGUCCAGCAUCCAGCUGCAACCAACUCGUCCGGCAUCCGGCUGCAACCAUUGAGCUGCUGAACACUCCCAACAUUUUCUGUCAAAAGUCUUAAUAAAUGACUUAAGAAGGAGAAAAGAAAAGAAUAGAGAAGAGUUUGCAAAGAAAGCACCGAGUUUUAAAGAUAUGUUGGGAAAUUAAGGAUAUAAAUAUAAAUAUAAAUAAUAAAAUAUUCUCUAUCU